AUGUUCCAGGGCUGCUUGGUCGUUCGUCAGAGCUCGCGUCGAACGCAAAGCUCCCCAGCACUGGUGCCUCUCGAUCGUCCACGGCUUCUUCAAGUCUGCCAAGUGCUCCACGCAGGGCUGGACCUUCGAGGUGGCCCUGAUCGCCAGGCGCUCGCGCUUCUACGCCGGGACGCGCUACCGCAAGAGGGGCGUCAACGCGGACGGCCAGGUGGCCAACGACGUCGAGACCGAGCAGCUUGUUUGCGACAACGCCACGCGCCACUUGUCUCGCGGGCACGUGACCAGCUUCGUGCAAAUGCGCGGCAGCGUGCCGAUCUUCUGGUCGCAGGAAGUCACCGCGAUCAACCCGAAGCCCCCGAUCGUGUACCAGCGGUGCGACCCGACUCUGUCGGCUACCCGGCUGCAUUUCGGCGACCUGCUGGAGCGGUACGGCACGCCCCAGGUCGUCGUCAACCUCAUGAAGGCGGGGGGGGGCGGGGGGGGGCACGGAGGGGCGGUCGGGCGGAGCGGCGACACGACAGAGAAGAGAGCGGGGAGGGAGGAAGGGGAGGGGAGCAGAUGGAGGGAGAGGAGAGGAGAGGAGAGGAGAGGAGAGGAGAGGAGAGGAGAGGAGAGGAGAGGAGAGGAGAGGAGAGGAGAGGAGAGGAGCGGAGCGGAGCGGAGCGGAGAGGAGAGGAGAGGAGCGGGGGGGAGGGAGCAGGAGGGAAGAAGAGAGGUAGGCAGGGGGGGGUGGGGGAGGAAACGGGAGGAGGGGAGGACGAGAGGGAGGGAAGGAGGAGAAAGCGGGAGGAUGAGGAAGCAUGA